AUGCCUGAGAUUGGCGAAGUUGCGCGCAUCGUCCACUACCUUCGCAAGCACCUGGUCAACCGCACAAUCAAGUCAUGUCAAGGCUUCGAGGACAACAUCGUAUACGGCAAAGUAGGAUGCUCGGCAGAUGAGUUUUCAAAAGCUGUCGAAGGCAGGACAGUCACCGGGGCUGGACAGCAAGGGAAAUAUUUCUAUGUCACAUUCGAUCGGGCGCCGCAUUCUGUGAUGCACUUGGGAAUGACGGGAUGGAUCAAGUUCAGCGUUGAAGAGACUGGCUACUACAAGCAAGCAAAGGAGAGCACGGUGGUUGAGGAGUGGCCACCGAAGUAUAUGAAGUGGUUGAUCAAGUGCGAUGCUGAGAAGGUGGACGGACAAGAUAGAGAACCGGUUGAAGUCGCCUUUAUCGAUGCGAGACGUUUGGCACGGAUACGGCUUGUCGACUGCGACGCUGAUAAGAUCCGAGACAACAGCCCCCUGAAGGAGAACGGACCGGAUCCCGUCAUUGACAAACAUAUCCUGACGGUAGACUGGCUUGCUGCGCUUCUGAGACGAAAGAAGGUACCUGUCAAGGCUCUUUUGCUUGACCAAGCCAACAUCAGUGGUGUUGGCAACUGGGUCGCAGACGAGAUUUUGUAUCAAGCACGCAUCCACCCUGAGCAGUAUAGCAAUACCUUCGGCGACGAGGAGAUUAAGCGGCUACACGAUGCCUUAACAUCAGUCUGCACAACCGCUUGCGAGACUCUGGCCGACAGCAAGCAGUUUCCCGAGCAUUGGCUGAUGAAGUAUCGAUGGGACAAGGGAAAGAAGGACAGCAAUGUCUUGCCAAACGGGGAUAAGAUUGUUCAUCUUACGGUCGGUGGUAGAACAUCCGCUAUUGUGCCAAAUGUGCAGAAGAAGACAGCGGCAGUCGCAGGCGAUGUCGAUGGAGAUGAACAGGACGAUCGGAAAGCGAAGCCAGUCAAGGGCCGCAAACGAAAGUCCAAAGCAGACCAAGAAGACGAGGACGAAGAGGAAGAAGUGCUGCCAGCAAAGAAGGACCGCAGCAAGAAGGUCAAAGCCGAGAAGGCUGAGGUCAAUGGAGAUUCUGCGGCAGCAUCGAAGAAGACUGCCAGGGGCAAGAAAGUCAAAACCGAGACAGCCGAGGACGCAGACGCAGGCGCUGAUGUGAAGACGGAGCCGGAAGAGACCAAGCCUGCUAAAGGGAAGAAGACUAAAGCAACGCCCGAGAAAGAGGUGAAGCCUGCUACGCCAGGCUCUCGACGGUCUUCUCGGAACAAGAGCGGCUAG